ACAAGCUUUGUUCCUGAGAUGGGAUGUAAAAAUGUUUUGUGAGCAAGACAAUAACAGGAGAAGAACAUGGGCAUCACUUCCUCUUAUGAUACGCCAUCUAACUUAACUUGACAGUGAUUUACCAGUUGCUGUGUCUACGAUUAUUUACCUGUUUCUUGUAGUCCUGCUGCUCUUAUGACUCAACUCUGUCAGAAGACACACUGUGAAAGGCCAGUACUGCCAGCAACCAGACAAAGUGAAGAGUAGGACAGCAAGGACUUCUCAGCUCCUUCUUUGUCUCUAAUAGGACAUGGUGACUGCAGGUGAGGCCCUGGUCCAUAAUUGGAACAUAUUGCUUAAGUUCUGCCUGUGGAAGAUAUUCUUCCUCUCUGCAUGGUCACCAACUGAACAUGCUAAGUACAAUAACCUUCCAGAAGCAGUGAUACCCUUGAGGGUCACUGUCAGUAACAGAAAUAAUAUUUCCCCAGGUUGGCUGUCCUAUAGCCUGAACAUUGAGGGGCAGAGACACAUAAUCACUAUGAAACCCAAAAAAAAUUUGAUAUCCAGAAACUUCAUACUAUUCACUUACACUCAGCAAGGUGAUCUCCUUGAAGAACAGCCCUUUGUGCAGAAUGACUGCUACUAUCAUGGUUAUGUGGAUGAAGACCCAGAAUCCUUUGCCAUUAUUAACACCUGUUUCGGGAGUUUGCAAGGCGUACUAGAGAUAAAUGGCACAACUUAUGAAAUCAUGCCCAAGAGCUCAACUUCAACAUUUGAACAUCUGGCUUACAGAAUGGACAGUGGGGCAUCCGAAUCAUUUCCCAUGAGGUGCGGGUUAUCAGAAGAGGACAUAGCACGGCAAAUGAAGCUCCAAGAAAGCAAUGACUCGCAAAUCCCAUAUGAGAAUUGGUGGACCCACCACAGGUUUAUCGAAUAUUUUGCUGUGAUAGACCAUAAACGAUAUGUUCAUAGAAAUAAUAAUACCACAACUUGUAUUCAAGAUAUGCUGCAAAUGGUCAAUGGAUUAAAUGGUUAUUACCUUCAAAUAGAUACUGAUGUAGUUUUAACCACGCUUGAAGUGUGGAAUAAAAAAAACCAUGUCAAUGUAGAACAAACCUUACAUAAUGUUCUACAAGAUUUCUGCAAUUGGAAGGUAAACAUGAUUGGCAGUCAUGUGAGAUACGAUAUCAUACACCUUUUUGUCAGACAUGACUAUGAUAUGUAUUUAGGGCUAGCUAAUGUGGCUACCGUUUGCACACCUGAUAAUUGUGCAGUUAACAGUUUCAUUUCCAGUGUAAUGUCAGACAUGGCAUUCAUUGUAGCACAUGAGAUGGGUCAUAACUUGGGUAUGAUGCAUGAUGUCAGUGGAUGUACUUGUGGGUUAGAAGACUGCAUAAUGGCCCCAUAUAAAUCUAAUUCCCCCAAAUUCAGCAACUGUAGUCACGAAGAAAUGUAUUCAGUUGUUACACAAAGAAAAUGCUUAUAUAAUACUCCAGAGGCACUAGUAACAAACCUGACCAUGUGUGGAAAUAAAUUGGUUGAGAAAGGAGAGCAGUGUGAUUGUGGGAACUUGGAAGCCUGUCUGAAAGAUCCAUGCUGUAGCGAGGACUGUGUUCUCAAACCUGGUGCACAAUGUGCUUUUGGGCUUUGUUGCAAAGAUUGCCAUUUCCUUCAAACAGGCACUGUGUGUAGAAAAGAGAAAAAUGAAUGUGAUCUUCCAGAGUGGUGCAAUGGAACUUCACAUGAGUGUCCAAGAGAUGUGUAUAAAGAGGACGGAAACCCUUGCAGUGGUGAUGGCUAUUGCUAUAAAAUGGCAUGUCAUCAACAUGAUGAACAGUGUCGAAAGAUUUUUGGCAAUGGAAGUAGAAGUGCCGGUGAAAUUUGCUACACGGAAAUGAACAAACGAGGUGACCGUUUCGGUAACUGUGGUAAUGAUAGUUCUAAAUACAGAAGAUGCAAACGCGCUGAUGUUUUCUGUGGGCGAAUUCAGUGUGAGAAUGUGACAGAACUUCCCCAGAGGAAAAACCAUGAAACAGUGCAUUACACUCACUUCAAUAAUGUCACCUGCUGGACUAUGGACUAUCAUUUUGGGAUACCCAUAGAUGACUUUGGAGCAGUGAGUGAUGGUGCAGUUUGUGCUCCAGAUCAUUUAUGUGUUGACAGAAAGUGUGUCAGCAAGUCUAUUCUGAUAAGUAACUGUUCACCACAGUUAUGCAAUAUGCAAGGUGUCUGCAACAAUAAACACCACUGCCAUUGUGACGUCACAUGGGGACCACCGGACUGUCGACUACGUGGCUAUGGAGGUAGUAUAGACAGUGGACCACCUCCAGUGACUCAUUCACAUUCUAGUUGGGGUUUAUUCUUUGUCGCAUUUUUAAUUAUUUUAUCAGUUGUCCUAAUUUCUUUAAUUGGCGUAAUUAAGAGGAAAGAAUGA